CAACCUCACGCUCUCGCCUGCCAUGGCGGUGAACCCGACUGCCAUCAACGUGAACGACCCGGGCCUUAUCACACUCGUCAACAAGCUCCAGGAUGUCUUCACAACAGUAGGGGUCCAAAACCCGAUAGACCUGCCUCAGAUCGUCGUCGUAGGAUCGCAAUCCAGCGGAAAGAGUUCUGUGUUGGAGAACAUUGUGGGGCGCGACUUCCUGCCUCGAGGAACCGGCAUUGUUACCCGAAGACCGCUCGUCCUCCAGCUCAUCAACCGACAACCCGCGCACAAGCCGCAGACAAAUGGCGUCAAGGAGGAGGAGGAAGUCAAGACGUCGGACGCACAGUCUAACCCACACGAGUGGGGAGAAUUCCUGCACAUCCCCGGUCAGAAAUUCUUCGACUUCAACAAGAUAAGAGAAGAGAUUGUGCGGGAGACGGAUUCUAAGACUGGGCGCAAUGCGGGCAUUUCCCCAGCUCCCAUCAACCUGCGGAUAUACUCGCCGAACGUCCUAACUCUCACGCUAGUCGAUCUGCCUGGCUUGACCAAGGUACCUGUGGGAGACCAGCCGCGGGAUAUUGAGCGCCAGAUCAAGGAGAUGGUUCUGAAGCACAUUACCAAGCCCAACGCUAUAAUACUGGCCGUUACCGCCGCGAACACCGAUUUGGCCAACUCGGACGGUCUGAAGCUGGCGCGAGAGGUAGAUCCGGAGGGACAGCGAACAAUCGGUGUGCUGACCAAGGUCGACUUAAUGGACGAGGGCACAGACGUUGUGGAUAUCUUGGCUGGUCGCAUCAUUCCGCUGCGAUUGGGCUACGUUCCGGUCGUCAACCGAGGACAGAGGGAUAUCGAGAACAAGAAGGCUAUUUCGUAUGCGCUAGAGCAUGAGAGGAAUUUCUUCGAGACGCACAAGGCGUACCGGAACAAGGCUGCUUAUUGCGGCACGCCCUAUCUGGCUCGCAAGCUGAACCUGAUCCUCAUGAUGCACAUUAAGCAGACUCUCCCAGACAUCAAAGCCCGCAUCGCAUCCUCUCUCCAGAAGUACCAAGUCGAGCUCGCUCAGCUGGGCGACUCCCUGCUUGGCAACAGCUCGAACAUCGUUCUGAACAUGAUUACCGAGUUCAGCAAUGAAUACCGGGGGGUUCUGGAAGGAAACAACCAGGAACUGUCAGCAACGGAGCUGUCAGGUGGUGCUCGUAUUUCGUUCGUUUACCACGAGCUGUACGCCAACGGUGUCAAGGCCGUGGACCCCUUCGACCAGGUCAAGGAUGUCGAUAUCCGCACCGUUCUCUACAACUCCUCUGGUUCAUCGCCCGCGCUUUUCGUCGGAACCACGGCUUUCGAACUCAUCGUGAAGCAGCAGAUCAAGCGAUUAGAGGAUCCAAGUCUCAAGUGCGUGAGCCUAGUGUAUGACGAACUGAUUCGUAUCCUCGGCCAGCUCCUCAACAAACCCACCUUUAGGCGCUACCCCGGGCUCAAGGAGAAGCUGCACCAAGUGGUCGUUUCGUUCUUCAAGAAGGCCAUGGACCCGACCAACAAGCUUGUCAAAGACCUCGUUGCAAUGGAGUCUUGCUACAUCAAUACCGGACACCCGGACUUUAUCAACGGUUCGCGCGCCAUGGCCAUCGUUCACGAGCGACACAACGCUGCGAAACCGACGCAGGUGGAUCCUAAGACCGGAAAGCCGCUGCCGCCCGCUGUGCCGCCGCGGUCGUCAUCGCCGAGCCUGGAUGGGAAUGAGAGCGGCGGCUUCUUCGGCUCAUUUUUCGCCAGCAAGAACAAGAAGAAGAUGGCGGCUAUGGAGCCCCCGCCGCCCACGCUCAAGGCCUCAGGAACGCUGUCUGAGAAGGAGGCGCAAGAGGUUGAAGUCAUCAAGCUCCUGAUCACGUCCUACUUCAAUAUCGUCCGUCGCACCAUGAUCGACAUGGUUCCCAAAGCCAUUAUGCUGAACCUUGUCUCGUGGACUAAAGAGGAAAUGCAGCGCGAACUGCUCGAGAACAUGUACAAGACGGAAGAAUUGGACGAUCUGCUGAAGGAGAGCGAGUACACAGUCAGGAGGCGGAAGGAGUGCCAGCAGAUGGUGGAGAGCUUGUCCAAGGCACAGGAGAUUGUCAACCAGGUGCAGUGAUUGAAAUACCCUGGAUUCUCUGUUACUGGUACAAUUGGGUGUUCGAAAUCGAAUGCUAAUGCGCGCGGAUAGGAGGGCUGGGCACUCGAGGAGAUGAGGGCGGGGUCCGUGUGGAGGCGAGAGGGCUUAGGGGUCCCGGCAUGUUAGAUUGGAGCACUGUGCGAAUAGACGAUUGUGUGUUUGCAAAUUGAGCUGAGCUGAGCGGCUUGGGUUUGGCAAAUCUGACGCGGUGUCGAUAGGGUUGUUGAGUUAGAUUUUUGUCUGGCUGCGCUAGCUGCUUCCCCGUUUAUAUCCAUAACACCCAGAAUAUCUAUCAACCGUCUGCCAGGACUCCAUUACUCCCUAGGAGCGUUG